UUGUCUCGUACGAGGAAAUGAGGGAGAGAAUUUGAGCCCUUGAAUCCGGAAGAGCCCUCCCGUUGAUGCUCCGCCAAGAGUCGCCGGCGAUUGAGCUUCGGUGGUGAUGGAGGUGGGAAAAGAGAAUGGACUGACGCAUGGGAGAGGGGCAUCCGGAGGAGAAGGAGGUUGUUCCGGCCGAAAGAGGCCCCGUGCGGCGGAGAGCGGCGACUUCUUUGAUGGCCUUCCGGACGAGCUUGUAGUAUCCAUCCUCUGCAAGCUGAGUGCCUCCGCCGAGAGACCAUCCGAUCUGAUCUCCGUCUUGACAGUGUGUAAGAGGCUGAAUCGUUUGGGACUCGAUCCCGCGGUUCUGUCGAAGGCGUCGGCGGAUUUGCUCGCGGUGAGAGCCAACAGAUGGUCCGUUUCCUCUAACAGAUUCUUGCAACGCUGCGCCGAUGCCGGAAGCCCGGAAGCUUGUUACAUGUUGGGCAUGAUCCUAUUCUACUGCUUAAGGAAUCGAGAGGGUGGCGUCUGGCUCAUGGCUAUGGCGGCCCUCAAGAACCACGCGGCGGCGCUCUUCUCCCUGGCGGUCAUCCAUUUUAACGGCAGCGGAAAAUUGAAGAGCGACAGAAAUCCCAAGGUCGGCGUCCUCCUCUGCACCCGGGCCGCGUCCCUCUGUUACGUGGACGCUAUGCGCCUCCUCGGCUACUGCUUCCUCGACGGUCAUGGAGUUCACCGCGACGUCUCUGAGGGUAACGACUAUCUCCUCCUGGCCAACGCCCGUGAGUUCUCCGCCUUCCUGCACUACUCCCCCUCCUCACCACUCCGCCAUACCCGGCGCCUUCGCUCUCUCUCCGAAGGGUUAGACUUAUGGCGUACCACGCCGCCGCCGGAGCCUCACCCGGCGAACCGUUUCUUGGUGGAGUGGUUUGCGACGAGGAGCGGAGAUGAGAACGGGGAGGGGCUCGGGACGUGCUCCAACGGCGGAUGCGGCCGGCCGGAGACGCGCCGCCAUGAGUUCUCUAUGUGCUCGGCCUGCGGCCUCGCCAGGUACUGCUCGAGGGCGUGCCAGGCGACGCACUGGAAGUACUCGCACAAAGCUGAGUGCACACCUAUCAAUCAAUGGUUGGACGCCGGCAUUAUGGCCGACGAAGCCCCGUUGGAGGGUGGUGCCGGCGGCGCGGAGCUGGUCCUGGAUUAGGAAUUGGAAGGUUGAAGCGGAUUGAAAAUUACAGGUUGGAUUUGUAACGUUCCCCACUAUUUUCUUUUUUGGGUGAAAAAUGGAAAAUACUUUUUUUUUUUUUUUUGAGAAAAGUUUCGCAACAGCCAAGAACGGCAACUUCCCCCCUUUUUUAAUUUUU